CAGUGGCCUCUUGCCCUUCGUGCUUCUUGCCCUGGGAAUUGGCACCUUGGGCCGUGGAAGGUGCUGAAAAUGCUUUGAAAGGGGGAGCCUGCCCUCCUAGAAAAAUUGUCCAGUGCCUUAGAUAUGAGAAACCCAAGUGCACAAGUGACUGGCAGUGUCCAGACAAGAAGAAAUGUUGCCGAGAUACUUGCGGAAUCAAAUGCCUGAACCCUGUUGCUAUCACGAACCCAGUUAAGGUGAAGCCUGGGAAGUGUCCAGUGGUCUAUGGCCAGUGUAUGAUGCUCAACCCCCCCAAUCACUGCAAGACAGACAGCCAGUGCCUGGGUGACUUAAAAUGCUGCAAGAGCAUGUGCGGGAAAGUCUGCCUCACCCCUGUGAAAGCCUGAUUCCUGCCAUUUAGAAGAGGCUCUGGAUUCCUACUUUGUGCUGUCUGGGAAUUCCAUUUCCACUCCCAGACGUGGAUCCCUGGGGCAGGCCGUGAUAAAGACUUGGUUCUACCACCACCAUCUACUUUGCAGAACAUCUCAGCACCCUGUAGGCUUCCAGGACAUGCCUGUUGAUUGGUGCAUCAAUAAAUAAGCAUAUUUCUCUCUGU